GCGGUGGCAGCGGCAGCGGCAGCGACGACGACGACGACUGAGGAUUCUCCUGGUGACGGGGAGCGCGCGGCGCUGGCGGCGGCCAAAGAGCAGGUGAAGCUUUAUUCUAAGAAUAUUUGUUUCAUCUAGUUCAAGAGCUCAAAUUAUAAACACUCUAAAUGUUACAGAAGUGUUGAAAGAUUGCUCGGUCAUGAGCACUGACAGUAACUCAUUGGCACGUGAAUUUCUGACCGAUGUCAACCGGCUUUGCAAUGCAGUGGUCCAGAGGGUGGAGGCCAGGGAGGAAGAAGAGGAGACACACAUGGCAACCCUUGGACAAUACCUUGUCCACGGCCGAGGAUUUCUGUUACUUACCAAGCUAAAUUCUAUCAUUGAUCAGGCAUUGACAUGUAGAGAAGAACUGCUUACUCUUCUUCUGUCACUCCUUCCACUGGUGUGGAAGAUACCUGUUCAAGAAGAAAAGGCAACAGAUUUUAAUCUACCAUUCUCAGCUGAUAUAAUCCUGACCAAAGAAAAGAUCUCAAGUUCACAAAGAUCUACUCAGGAAAAACUAUAUUUAGAAGGAAGUGCCCCAUCAGGUCAGGUUUCUGCAAAAGUAAACAUUUUUCAAAAAAGCAGACGACAGCGUAAAAUUACCCAUCGCUAUUCUAUAAGAGAUGCAAGAAAGACGCAGCUCUCCACCUCAGAUUCAGAAGCCAAUUCAGAUGACAAAAGUAUAGCAGUGAAUAAGCAUAAAAGGCCCCCUCUGCUACAGCAUUUUGUAACACAGUCUCCUAAAGAAGACCACCUAACAGCUAAACUUGACCACUUAUCAACCAAAGAAGAGCAGACUCCUCCUGAUACCAUGGCUUUGGAAAAUUCCAGAGAGAUUAUUCCAAGACAGGAGUCAAACACUGACGUUUUAAGUGAGACAGCUGCCUUGUCUAUUAUCAGUCACGUGAACAAUUCUCCAUUUGACUUAUGUCAUGUUUUGUUAUCUUUAUUAGAGAAAGUUUGUAAGUUUGACAUUACCUUGAAUCAUAAUUCUGCUCUAGCAGCCAGUGUAGUGCCCACACUGACUGAAUUCCUAGCAGGGUUUGGGGACUGUGGUAAUCUAAGCGACAAUUUGGAGAGUCAGAUGGUUUCUGCAGGUUGGACUGAAGAACCGGUAGCUUUGAUUCAACGGAUGCUAUUUCGAACAGUGUUGCAUCUUAUGUCAGUAGAUAUUAGUACUGCAGAGAUGAUGCCAGAAAGUCUUAGAAAAAAUUUAACUGAAUUGCUUAGAGCAGCUUUAAAAAUUAGAACUUGCCUAGAAAAGCAGCCUGACUCUUUUGCACCAAGACAAAAGAAAACACUACAGGAGGUUCAGGAAGGUUUUGUGUUUUCAAAGUAUUGUCAUCGAGCCCUUCUUUUACCUGAGCUUCUGAAAGGAAUUCUGCAGAUCCUGAUCUGUUGUCUUCAAAGUGCAGCUUCAAAUCCCUUCUUUUUCAGUCAAGCCAUGGAUUUAGUUCAGGAAUUCAUUCAGCUUCAUGGAUUUAAUUUAUUUGAAACAGCAGUACUUCAAAUGGAAUGGGUGGUUUUAAGAGAUGGAAUUUCUACGGAGGCCUCAGAAUAUUUGAAAGCCCUGAUAAAUAGUGUGAUGAAAAUAAUGAGCACUGUCAAAAAAGUGAAAUCAGAGCAACUUCAUCAUUCAAUGUGUACAAGAAAAAGGCACAGGCGAUGUGAAUAUUCUCACUUUAUGCAUCACCACAGAGAUCUCUCAGGUCUUCCAGUUUCAAUUUCGAAAAACCCAUUUGAAGAGACUGUAGAUGGAGAUGUGUAUUAUCCUGAGCGGUGCUGUUGUAUUGCAGUGUGUGCUCAUCAGUGCUUACGCUUACUUCUACAGGCUUCCUUGAGCAGCACUUGUGUCCAGGUUCUAUCAGGUGUUCAUAACAUCGGAAUAUGCUGUUGUAUGGAUCCCAAAUCUGUAAUCAUUCCUUUGCUCCAUGCUUUUAAGUUGCCAGCACUGAAAAAUUUUCAGCAGCAUAUAUUGAAUAUCCUUAACAAACUUAUUUUGGAUCAGUUAGGAGGAGCCGAGAUAUCACAAAAACUUAAAAAAGCAGCUUGCAAUAUCUGUACUGUUGACUCUGAUCAACUAGCCAAAUUAGAAGAGACAUUGCAUGAAAACUCAUGGGAUGCUGAACCUUCCUCAGGUUUAUCGAGUCCUUCUUGCAGAUUUCAAGGGAUCCUGCCCAGCAGUGGAUCUGAAGACUUGUUGUGGAAAUGGGAUGCCUUAGAGGCUUAUCAGAAUUUUGUUUUUGAAGAAGACAGAUUACAUAGCAUACAGAUUGCAAAUCACAUAUGCAAUUUAAUCCAGAAAGGCAAUGUAAUUGUUCAGUGGAAAUUGUAUAAUUACAUAUUUAAUCCUGUGCUCCAAAGAGGAGUUGAAUUAGCACAUCAUUGUCAACACCUCAGCAUUACUUCUGCACGAACUCAUGUGUGUAGCCAUCAUAACCAGUGCUUGCCUCAGGAAGUGCUUCAGAUUUAUUUAAAAACUCUGCCUGCCCUCCUUAAAUCAAGGGUAAUAAGAGAUUUGUUUUUAAGUUGUAAUGGAGUAAAUCAAAUAAUUGAAUUAAAUUACUUAGAUGAUAUUCGAAGUCAUUCCCUAAAAGCAUUUGAAACCUUGAUAAUCAGCCUAGGAGAACAACAGAAAGAUUCUUCAGUUCCAGGUAUUGAUGGGAUAGACAUUGAACAGAAGGAGUUGUCAUCUUUAAAUUCAGGUACUUCUUUUCAUAACCAGCAAGCUUAUUCAGAUUCUCCUCAGAGUCUUAGCAAAUUUUAUGCAGGCCUCAAAGAAGCUUAUCCAAAGAAGCAGAGGGCUGUUAACCAGGAUGUUCAUAUCAACAUGGUAAACCUGUUCCUCUGUGUGGCAUUCUUAUGUGUAAGUAAAGAAGCAGAAUCUGAUAGAGAGUCAGCCAACGAUUCGGAAGAUACUUCUGGCUAUGACAGUACUGCAAGUGAGCCUUUGCAUCACGUGCUGCCAUGUUUAUCUCUCGAGAGCCUUGUCUUGCCUUCUCCUGAACAUAUGCAUCAAGCAGCAGAUAUUUGGUCAAUGUGUCGUUGGAUCUACAUGUUGAGUCCAGUUUUCCAGAAACAGUUUUAUAGGCUUGGUGGUUUCGGAAUGUGCCAUAAAUUAAUAUUUAUGAUAAUACAGAAACUAUUCAGAAGUCAUGAAGAAGAACAAGGCAAAAAGGAAGGAGAUACAAAUGUAAAUGAAAACCAAGAUUUAAACAGAACUUCUGAAUCUGAGAUAACUAUGAAGGAAGAUUUAGUAUCUUUGACUGUAAGGAGUGACCCCACACUAUCAGAACUGGAUAGUCUAAAAACAAGUGCUGAGAGUUUAGGUAAAUUAGAGUCACAGCAUAUUUCUUCCAUAAAUGUGGAACAAAUUUCAGCUGCUAAAGCUGCUUCUGAGGAAGCAAAGAUAUUUAUGAGUCAAGAACGAGAGAGCAUUUAUGAGAUCUCACUUCAGAGCAUACGACUUUUGGAAGCCCUUCUGGCCAUUUGUCUUCAUAGCACCAGAGCUAGUCAGCAAAAGAUGGAAUUGGAGUUACCUAAUCAGAACUUGUCUGUGGAAAAUAUAUUGUUUGAAAUGAGGGACCAUCUUUCCCAGUCAAAGGUGAUUGAAACAGAAUUAGCAAAGCCUUUAUUUGAUGCCCUGCUUCGAGUUGCACUGGGGACUCAUUCAGCAGAUUUUGAACAUAAUGAUGCUAUGACUGAGAAGAGUCAUCAAUCGGAAGAGGAGUUAUCAUCCCAACCUGGUGAUUUUUCAGAAGAAGCUGAGGAUUCUCAGUGUUGUAAUUUUAAACUUGUGGUUGAAGAAGAAGGUUAUGAAGCAGAUAGUGAAAGCAAUCCUGAGGAUAGUGAAAUCCGGCAUGAUGAGGUAGACUUAAACCCUGAAGCAGAACGUUUCAGUGCAUCAAGCAGUCCAAAUGACUUACUUAAAAAUCUCACUCAAGGGGAAAUAAUAUAUCCUGAGAUUUGUGUGCUGGAAUUAAAUUUACUUUCUACUAGUAAAGCCAAACUUGAUGUACUUGCCCACGUAUUUGAGAGUUUUUUGAAAAUCAUCAGGCAGAAAGAAAAGAAUAUUUUUCUACUUAUGCAACAGGGAACUGUGAAAAAUCUUUUAGGAGGGUUCUUGAGUAUUUUAACACAGGCCGAUUCCAAUUUUCAAGCAUGCCAGAGAGUAUUGGUGGAUCUUUUGGUGUCUUUGAUGAGUUCAAGAACAUGUUCAGAAGAGCUAACUCUUCUUUUGAGAAUAUUUCUGGAGAAAUCUCCUUGUACAGAAAUUCUUCUUCUGGGUCUUCUGAAAAUUGUUGAAAGUGAUAUUGCUGUGAGCCCUUCGCAGUAUCUAACCUUCCCUUUGCUGCAUACUCCAAAUUUAAGCAACGGCGUUUCAUCACAGAAGUGUCCUGGGAUUCUAAACAGUAAGGCCCUGGGCUUACUGAGAAGAGCACGAGUGUCACGGAGCAAGAAAGGGGCCGACAGUGAGGGUUUCCCCCAGCAGCUGCUUUCCUCCUGGCACGUGGCUCCAGUCCACUUGCCGUUGCUGGGACAAAACUGCUGGCCACACCUGUCGGAAGGUUUCAGCGUUUCACUGUGGUUUAAUGUGGAGUGUAUCCAUGAAGCAGAGAGUACCACAGAAAGGGGAAAGAAGAUAAAGAAAAGAAACAAAUCAUUAAUUUUACGGGAUAGUAGUUUUGAUGGAACAGAGAACAACAGACUGGAAGGUGCAGAAUACAUAAAUCCUGGUGAAAGACUCGUAGAAGAAGGCUGUAUUCAUAUGAUUUCAUUGGGAUCCAAAGCGUUGAUGAUCCAAGUGUGGGCUGAUCCCCACAAUGGCACUUUUAUUUUUCGUGUCUGCAUGGAUUCAAAUGAUGAUAUGAAAGGUGUUUUACUAGCACAGGUUGAAUCACAGGAGAAUAUUUUCCUCCCAAGCAAAUGGCAACAUUUAGUACUCACCUACUUACAGCAGCCCCAAGGGAAAAAGAGUAUCCAUGGGAAAGUCUCCAUAUGGGUCUCUGGACAGAGGAAACCUGAUGUUACUUUGGAUUUUAUGCUUCCAAGAAAAACAAGUUUGUCAUCUGAUAGCAAUAAAACAUUUUGCAUGAUUGGCCAUUGCUUAUCAUCCCAAGAAGACUUAUUGCAGCUGGCUGGAAAAUGGGACCUGGGAAAUUUACUCCUCUUCAAUGGAGCUAAGAUUGGAUCACAAGAGGCCUUUUAUCUGUAUGCUUGUGGACCCAACCAUACAUCUAUAAUGCCAUGUAGAUAUGGCAAGCCUGUGAAUGACUACUCCAAAUACAUUAAUAAAGAAAUUUUGCAAUGUGAACAAAUCAGAGAACUUUUUAUGACCAAGAAAGAUGUGGACAUUGGUCUCUUAAUUGAAAGUCUUUCAGUUGUUUAUACAACUUACUGUCCUGCUCAGUAUACCAUCUAUGAGCCAGUUAUUAGACUUAAAGGUCAGAUGAAAACACAACUCUCUCAAAGACCGUUCAGCUCAAAAGAAGUUCAGAGUAUCUUGUUAGAACCUCAUCAUAUAAAGAGUCUCCAGCCUACUGAAUGUAAAACUAUUCAAGGCGUUCUGCACGAGAUUGGUGGAACUGGUAUAUUUGUUUUUCUCUUUGCUAGGGUUGUGGAACUCAGUAGCUGUGAAGAAACUCAAGCAUUAGCACUGAGAGUUAUACUGUCAUUAAUUAAAUACAACCAACAGAGAAUAUGUGAAUUAGAAAAUUGUAAUGGACUUGCCAUGAUUCAUCAGGUGUUGAUCAAACAAAAAUGCAUUGUUGGCUUUCACAUUUUGAAGACCCUUCUUGAAGGUUGCUGCGGUGAAGAUGUUAUUAAUCUCAAUGAGAAUGGAGAAUUUACGUUGGAUGUACAGUCUAAUGCUAUAAUCCAAGAUGUUAAACUGCUAGAGGAGCUGGUGCUUGACUGGAAGAUAUGGAAUAAAGCAGAGGCAUGUGUUUGGGAAACUCUGCUAGCAGCUCUAGAAGUCCUCAUCAGAGCAGAUCACCACCAGCAGAUGUUUAAUAUCAAGCAAUUAUUGAAAGCUCGAGUGGUUCAUCACUUUCUACUGACUUGUCAGGUUUUGCAGGAACACAAAGAGGGGCAGCUUACAUCCUUGCCCCGAGAGGUUUGUAGAUCAUUUGUGAAAAUUAUAGCAGAAGUCCUUGGAUCUCCUCCAGAUUUGGAAUUAUUGACAAUUAUCUUCAAUUUCCUUUUAGCAGUUCACCCUCCUACUAAUACUUACGUUUGUCACAACCCCACAAACUUCUACUUUUCUUUGCACAUAGAUGGCAAGAUCUUUCAGGAGAAAGUACAGUCAAUCAUGUACCUCAGGCAUUCCGGUAGCGGAGGAAAGUCCAUUACUAGCCCUGGAUUUAUGGUAAUAAACCCAUCUGGUUUUACUGCUUCACCACCUGAAGGAAACAGUUCCUCCAAUAUUAUUCCACAACAGAUGGCUGCCAACAUGCUACGUUCUAGAAGCUUACCAGCAUUCCCUACUUCUUCACCUCUAAUGCAACCACAAAAACUGACUCGAAGUUUGGGUUGUAGUAUUGACAAGUUACAAAAUAUUGCAGAUAAUUAUGUUACUUCCCACCCAGAGAAAUGGAAUCCUCUGGGGAGUUCCGAGACACUGAAAAAAGGCAAAGAAGAUGCAUUCGUCAGUAGCUGUGAGUCUGCAAAAACUGUUUGUGAAAUGGAAGCUGUCCUUCCAGCCCAAGCCUCUGUCAAUGGUGUCCCAAAAGGAACGUUGGGAUUUCCAGCGGUCAAAGUAGAUCAUAAAGAGUUGGGAGCAGAACCCAGAUCAGACCAUGACAGUCCUGGGGAUGAGUCCUGCCUACGCCGACCUGAUUAUCUAAAGGGACUGGCCUCAUUCCAGCGAAGCCACAGCACUAUUGCAAGCCUAGGGCUAGCUUUUCCUUCACAGAAUGGAUCUGCAGCCAUUGGCCGUUGGCCAAGUCUUGUUGAUAGGAACACCGAUGAUUGGGAAAACUUUGCCUUUUCUCUUGGUUAUGAGCCAAACUACAAAAGAACUACGAAUGCUCACAGUGUAACUGAAGACUGUUUGGUACCCAUAUGCUGUGGAUUAUAUGAACUCUUAAGUGGAGUUCUUCUCAUCCUGCCUGAUAUUAUGCUUGAAGAUGUGAUGGACAAGCUUAUUCAAGCAGAUACACUUUUAGUCCUCGUUAACCACCCAUCACCUGCUAUACAACAAGGAGUUAUUAAGCUAUUAGAUGCAUAUUUUAAUAGAGCAUCGAAAGAACAAAAAGAUAAAUUUCUGAAGAAUUGUGGCUUUUCCUUGCUAGCCAACCAGUUGUAUCUUCAUCGGGGAACUCAGGAAUUGUUAGAAUGCUUCAUUGAAAUGUUUUUUGGUCGACGUAUAGGCCUUGAUGAAGAAUUUGAUCUGGAAGAUGUGAAAAACAUGGGACUUUUUCAGAAGUGGUCUGUCAUUCCUAUUCUGGGACUAAUAGAGACCUCUCUCUAUGACAACAUGCUCUUGCAUAAUGCUCUUUUACUUCUUCUCCAAAUAUUAAAUUCUUGUUCUAAGGUAGCAGAUAUGUUGUUGGAUAAUGGUCUACUCUACGUGUUAUGUAAUACAGUAGCAGCCCUGAAUGGAUUAGAAAAGAAUGUUCCUUUGAAUGAAUACAAAUUGCUUGCUUGUGAUAUACAGCAACUUUUCAUAGCAGUUACAAUUCAUGCUUGCAGUUCCUCGGGCUCACAAUAUUUUAGAGUUAUUGAAGACCUUAUUGUAUUGCUUGGAUAUCUUCAAAAUAGCAAAAACAAGAGGACACAAAAUAUGGCUGUUGCACUGCAGUUUAGAGUUCUCCAGGCUGCUAUGGAAUUUAUAAGGACCACUGCAAAUCAUGACUCUGAAAACCUUACAAAUUCAUUCCAGUUAUCUUCUGCUUCCCAUCAUGCAAUAUUUCAGAAGCGGAAGAGCAUUGCUGGUUCAAUUCCAAUGAAGGGUUCCAUUAUUCCUCAUCUACCAAGACGUCAUUUUGGUUCCUAUGGUCAACUUCCGAUGCCCUUCUCCUUCAGUCCGUUAAAUCAAGACUCGUUCCCCCCAUUUUUUCCUGGAUCCACUACCUGUAUGGUACCUCUCAAAGCAGGUCCUCGAAAAUUUCCCCUUGCUCAGACUGACUCUCUCCUGAUGAAAAUGCGUUCCGUGGCAAGUGAUGAACUUCCUAUGAUGAUGCAACGGAGAAUGAGCCAGGAGAACCCUGUCCAGGCAACCGAAGCAGAGCUUGCACAGCGACUGCAGAGGCUCACCAUUUUAGCAGUUAACAGAAUUAUUUAUCAAGAGUUUAAUCCAGACAUUAUUGACAUUUUGAGUACUCCUGAAACUGCGACUCAAAGCAAGACCUCAGUUUCCCAGACUGAAAUUUCUGAAGAAAAUAUUUAUCAUGAGCAGCCUUCCAUUUUCAAUCCCUUUCAGAAAGAAAUAUUCACAUAUCUGGUAGAAGGAUUCAAAGUAUCUGUUGGUACAAGUAAAACCAGUGGUUCCAAGCAGCAGUGGACUAAAAUCUUAUGGUCUUGUAAGGAAACCUUCCGAAUGCAGCUUGGGAGACUACUAGUACAUAUUUUGUCACCAACCCACCCUUCACAAGAAAGAAAGCAAAUUUUCGAAAUAGUUCAUGAACCACAUCAUCAGGAAAUACUACGAGACUGUCUUAGUUCAUCCCUGCAACAUGGAGCCAAGUUAGUUUUGUAUUUGUCAGAGUUGAUACAUAAUCACCAAGAUGAAUUGACUGAAGAAGAACUAGACACAGCAGAACUGCUUAUGAAUGCUUUAAAGUUAUGUGGUCAUAAGUGCAUCCCUCCUAGUGCACCAACAAAAUCAGACCUUGUUAAAAUGAUCAAAGAGGAACAAAAGAAAUAUGAAACUGAAGAAGGUGUAAAUAAAGCCACCUGGCAGAAAAGAGUUAACAAUAAUCAACAAAGUCUCUUUCAGCGUCUCGAUUCAAAAUCAAAGGAUAUAUCUAAAAUAGCUGCAGAUAUCACCCAGGCAGUGUCUCUCUCCCAAGGAAUUGAGAGAAAAAAGGUGAUCCAGCAUAUCAGAGGAAUGUAUAAAGUAGAUCUGAGUGCCAGCAGACAUUGGCAGGAACUUAUCCAACAACUGACGCAUGAUCGAGCAGUCUGGUAUGACCCCAUCUACUAUCCAACUUCAUGGCAGUUGGAUCCAACAGAAGGGCCAAAUCGAGAGAGGAGGCGUUUACAGAGAUGUUACUUAACUAUUCCAAAUAAGUAUCUCCUUAGGGAUAGACAAAAAUCAGGAGAUGUGGUCAAGCCACCACUCUCUUACCUAUUUGAAGACAAAACUCAUUCUUCUUUCUCUUCUACUGUAAAAGACAAAGCUGCAAGUGAGUCUAUAAGAGUGAAUCGAAGAUGUAUCAGUGUUGCACCAUCUAGAGAGACAGCUGGUGAAUUGUUAUUAGGUAAAUGUGGAAUGUAUUUUGUGGAAGAUAAUGCUUCUGAUACAAUUGAGAGUUCGAACCUUCAGGGAGAAUUGGAACCAGCAUCAUUUUCCUGGACAUAUGAAGAAAUUAAAGAAGUUCACAAGCGUUGGUGGCAAUUGAGAGAUAAUGCUGUAGAAAUCUUUUUAACAAAUGGCAGAACGCUCCUAUUAGCAUUUGAUAACACCAAGGUUCGUGAUGCUGUGUACCACAAUAUACUAAUGAAUAACCUUCCUAAUCUUCUGGAAUAUGGCAACAUCACUGCUCUGACCAAUUUAUGGUAUACUGGACAAAUUACAAAUUUUGAAUAUUUGACUCACUUAAACAAACAUGCUGGCCGAUCCUUCAAUGAUCUCAUGCAGUAUCCAGUGUUCCCAUUUAUACUUGCUGACUAUGUUAGUGAGACCCUUGACCUCAACGAUCCAUCAGUCUACAGAAAUCUCUCUAAGCCUAUAGCUGUGCAGUAUAAAGAAAAAGAAGAUCGUUAUGUGGACACAUACAAGUACUUGGAGGAGGAAUACCGCAAAGGAGCUAGGGAAGAUGACCCCAUGCCUCCCGUGCAGCCCUACCACUACGGCUCCCACUAUUCUAACAGCGGCACUGUGCUUCACUUCCUGGUCAGGAUGCCUCCUUUCACAAAAAUGUUUUUAGCCUAUCAAGAUCAAAGUUUUGACAUUCCAGACAGAACUUUUCAUUCUACAAAUACAACUUGGCGCCUCUCAUCUUUUGAAUCCAUGACUGAUGUGAAGGAACUUAUCCCAGAGUUUUUCUAUCUUCCAGAGUUCUUAGUUAACCGUGAAGGUUUUGAUUUUGGUGUGCGUCAGAAUGGUGAACGGGUUAAUCACGUCAACCUCCCACCUUGGGCACGUAACGAUCCUCGACUUUUUAUCCUCAUCCAUCGGCAAGCUCUAGAGUCUGAUUAUGUGUCCCAGAACAUCUGUCAGUGGAUUGAUUUGGUAUUCGGGUAUAAGCAAAAAGGGAAGGCUUCUGUUCAAGCCAUCAAUGUCUUUCAUCCUGCUACAUAUUUUGGAAUGGAUGUCUCUGCAGUUGAAGAUCCAGUUCAGAGACGAGCACUAGAAACCAUGAUAAAAACCUAUGGCCAGACUCCUCGUCAGUUGUUCCAGUCGGCCCAUGCGAGCAGACCUGGAUCCAAGCUCAACAUUGAAGGAGAGCUUCCUGCUGCCGUGGGGUUGUUAGUGCAGUUUGCUUUCAGGGAAACCCGAGAACAGGUCAAAGAAAUUACCUAUCCGAGUCCUUUGUCGUGGAUAAAAGGCUUAAAAUGGGGGGAGUAUGUAGGUUCCCCAAGCGCUCCAGUACCUGUGGUCUGCUUCAGCCAGCCUCACGGAGAAAGAUUUGGUUCUCUCCAGGCGCUGCCCACCAGAACAAUCUGUGGUUUGUCCCGAAAUUUCUGUCUUCUGAUGACAUACAGCAAAGAACAAGGUGUGAGAAGCAUGAACAGUACUGACAUUCAGUGGUCAGCCAUCCUGAGCUGGGGAUAUGCUGAUAACAUUUUAAGGUUGAAGAGUAAACAGAACGAGCCCCCAAUAAACUUUAUACAAAGUUCACAACAGUAUCAGGUGACUAGUUGUGCUUGGGUACCUGACAGUUGCCAGCUGUUUACCGGGAGCAAAUGCGGUGUCAUCACAGCCUAUGCAAACAGACUCACGAGCAGCACGCCUUCAGAGAUAGAAAUGGAGUCUCAGAUACAUCUCUAUGGGCACACAGAAGAGAUAACCAGCUUAUUUGUUUGCAAACCAUAUAGUAUAAUGAUAAGUGUGAGCAGAGAUGGAACCUGCAUCAUAUGGGAUUUAAACAGGUUGUGCUAUGUACAAAGUCUGGCAGGGCACAAAAGCCCUGUCACGGCCGUCUCUGCCAGUGAAACUACCGGUGACAUUGCCACUGUGUGUGAUUCAGCUGGUGGAGGCAGUGACCUCAGACUCUGGACAGUGAAUGGGGACCUCGUUGGACAUGUCCACUGCAGAGAGAUCAUUUGUUCCGUUGCUUUCUCUAACCAGCCUGAGGGAAUAUCUAUCAAUGUGAUUGCUGGGGGAUUAGAAAAUGGAAUUGUAAGGUUAUGGAGUACAUGGGACUUAAAGCCUGUGCGGGAAAUUACAUUUCCUAAAUCAAAUAAGCCUAUUGUAAGCCUUACGUUUUCCUGUGAUGGCCACCAUUUGUACACAGCAAACAGUGAUGGGACAGUAAUUGCCUGGUGUCGGAAGGACCAGCAGCGCUUGAAACAGCCAAUGUUCUACUCCUUCCUUAGCAGCUACGCAGCUGGAUGAACGAGAAAAGUUUGCAUUCUCCAAAGCACUUUAACGCCACACUAGAUUGGUUGACUUCACAAGUUUUAAGAGGUUGAACCUGAAGAGGUGGAUGACCAAACAAGCCAUCCAAAUAAUGACAGAAUCUAUUCAUCUGCACAAAAUUUUGCAACCUCACAAGGUCCUGAGAGGAAAGUUUUGUUCUAAUUUAGUGAUAAUCUGGAGGGCUGUGUCAGUAUGCACUAACCAACAAGAUUUAAAUCUUGCAUAGUAAAUUAAAAUCAUAUUCUUGGGGCUGGCCCCAUGGCCUAGUGGUUAAGUUCUGCAGGCUCUGCUUCAGUGGCCUGGGUUCAGUUCCUGGGCACAGACUUACACCACUCGUCAGUCAUGCUGUGGCGGCGACCCACGUACAAAAUAGAGGAAGAUUGGCACAGUUGUUAGCCCAGGGCAUAUCUUCCUCAGCAAAAAAAAAAAAAAAAAAAAUCAUAUUAAGUUUUUUCCACAAGGGUAUUCUAAAGAAAAGAUAAGGGUCUCUCCUUUUUCUGUUAUUCCAAAAGAGCCAGUAGAAUUGGCUUAAACUGGUUAGCUAAUUGUUUACAUAAAAUACUCUAAAAAAUUAUAUUUAAAAAGUUUUAUGCCAAGAUAACAACCCCUUACCCCCCAAAAAAGGAUAAAGAAUUCAGCGCUUGACUGUUUCUUUCUUUGAGAAGUAAAUUAUUCAGUAGGUGCCCCUGCACCAAAUAUUUUAAGGAAUAUCUGGGUAUUAAAACUACUAACGAAUCUCAAUGUUUUUGCCAGUUGCCUUCUUAGCUCAAAGUAGAAGAGAAUUUUUUGAGAGCCACAAACAAGAACACAGGUAUCUUUGACUUCAGACACAUUCUAUUUCUUCAUAAAAAAUCCUACUUAAAAUCCAUAACACUAGAUAUUGAAUAGCCUUAGUUGAGUCACUAAGAUUUAAACACAAUGAUAAUUCUUUUAAUAUCUGCCAUUUACAGAGCAUUGAAUACUUAGCUAUUUGUAAUAGAAAGCCUCCACUAUGCAAAAAGUUUGCACAGAUCUUAAUAAUACAGUCUAGAUAAGGCAUUAAUCUAAUGUUUCGAAGAGCUUUCUUUCCCAACACAGAAUUACAAAAGACAAGGAGACAGCUUACUUUGUUUUAAACAGGAGGUAGAAGAAUUCUUUUAGGAAACCGUUUCCACUGUUUCUACUAACUAUACCACCUGAGAAUUCUAGGAACAAUAGAAAAAUCUAGGUGUAUGCCACAGCAGACUUACACGCCAUGAAAACAGAAUUCCUAAAAAUCUUGGAAUAGUCUAUCUGGACCAUGAUAUGGCUAUAUUUUUACUUGGGGUGCUGCUUUAUCUGCUUUGAAGACACUGUAAAGUAAGCUUAGAAAUAUGUUACCAUGGGAUAAAAAUAUGUAUUCCUACCUAAGAAUAACUUGUGUGUUUGUUAUGGAAAUUUAAUUCAUAUGGUAUUUACAGAACUACUUUUGUAACUUCCAGACUUUCUAAACCAUUCUGCUUAAAAAGUGUAUAAAAUACAUUUCUGAAGUCUCUGCUGUCAAGAAUACAAGAGGAAGCAAGUGGCAACGUAAGCUUGUAACCGUAAACUGCAUACAUGUGUGAGAACACUUUGCAGGCCAUAUUUUGAUCACGGUUUACACAGACCAGGUAUCAAUUCUGAGGUCCAAAUUGGUGCAGAGAUGAGAUUAUUCCUAUUCACGUUGAAGUGAUUUGCUUUGUUUAAAAAAUAAUAAUAAUAAAUAAUGCAGCUAUUGUCUGGCUCUCAUUUUUCUACUGAGAACUUUCAAUUAAUCCCCUAUUAGAAUAGGGUUGCUACUCAGUCUUUUUUUUUUUUUAAGGCUGAAUUUCAUCAUUUAUCUAAAGAGAAAAUAUGCAAAAUAACUGGUCUUGUUAAGAGUGCAAUAUUAUAUUUUUAUGUAAAAAUAAAAAUUAAUUUGGGGGAUUAUUUAUUCAGCAUGAAACGUAAUAUGUAUAUGUUUGAAACACUUCAUAAUGUGCAUGUUGUAGCAAACAUUUCUGUAAAUUAUCACAAGCUCUGUUAUCUUUGUAUACACUGCCACUUCAGCUUGGGAAUAAAUUUCAUAAAAAUAGA